GAUUAGGAUAAUUUAAUUAAAAUGAGUAGAGGAAGCCAAGGUCAUGAAUUCUAUAUAACUCUUUUUUCACCUGAAGGUAGAUUAUAUUAGGUGGAAUAUGCCUUUAAAGCAGUUAAAACUAGUGGAUUAACAUCUAUAGGAGUUAAAGGAACAGAUACUGUUUGUUUGAUUACAGAAAAAAGAGUGCCAGAUAAAUUAAUUGAUGAGAAAUCUGUUACUAAUCUAUUUAAUAUAUCAGAAAAAAUAGGUGCUUUGACUACAGGUAUUCCAUCAGAUGCAAGAGCACUUGUAACAAGAAUGAGAUAUGAAGCAGGAGAAUUUAGAUUGAAAAAUGGUAUUAUUAUUUUAUUCAUAUUUAUUAGGUUACUAUUGUCCAGUCGAUGUGUUAUCAAAAAGAAUGGCUGAUUUAGCAUAAACUAAUACUUAAUAUUAUUAAAUGAGAUCAUAUGGUGUUGAGACUAUUUUAUGUUAAUUUGAUGAUGAAUUAGGACCAUUACUUUAUAAACUUGAUCCAUCAGGACAUUAUAGUGGAUAUAAAGCAACUGCUAGUGGUGUUAAAGAAUAAGAAGCAAUCAAUUAUUUAGAAAAAUAAAUCAAAAAAAAAGCAGAUUUAAAUUAUGAUGAAACCAUUAUGCUUGCUAUAUAAACAUUAUAAAAUGUAUAUCUUUUACCUUUAAUCCUAGGUUAUAUCAUAAGAUUUCAAACCCACUGAUAUUGAAGUUGGUAUCGUUAAUAAAUAAGAUAAAAAAUUCCAUAAACUUACCAAUGAACAAGUUGAUCAUUAUUUGAAUUUAAUAGCCAAUAGAGAUUGAAUAAAUCUAUUAAAUCGUAU